UUUAUGCCGCGAGUUUUUGUUUAUUUCAGCUAACAAGAAAACUUGAAACAUGAGUUAAGGUUUUGUUUUGUUCCGUCUGUUCAUUUUGUGAGGAGUUUCUCCGCUUUGUACCGUAACUGGAGCCGCUCCGGAGUGGAAAAUGUCCGUUGAUAAAGAGGAGACGCAGCAGAGGUUAAAGGCAGCAGUCCAUUACACCGUCAGUCUCAUGUGUCAGAAGAUGGUGGAGGACCACCGGAGACCGUUCAGCCGACACGUCAUAGCGGCUAUAACCGAGACAGCGUUCACACAGUGUGAUAUAUUUGCUAAAGAUCUGGAGGCCUUUGCAAGGCAUGCUAAAAGAAGCACAGUGUCUCCAGAUGAUGUAAAGCUUCUAGCCCGUCGCAGUACUGCACUGUCCAUCUACAUACAAAAUAAAAGUGAAGAACUGAACCAGGAGCAGAGGGAUUUGAAAAAGAAGAAUACUGGGAAGAGGAAGAGCAGAGACACGGAGGAGGACAGCAGAGAAUAAGGAAAGGACACAGGCAGGCCUGCAGCGUCUCAGAUAAACAUGAAGGCUGACUAAUACAUGACAAUAGGUUAAAUGUCAUUAAAGGUGCCAUCGUCUUUUAUGGGACGUAAAAGAUUCCUACAUUUGAUAUAUUCCAUUACAUUGAUAAGAAAUAACUUCUGAGUGUUGUAUGUCCUGGGACCUGCUGAUGUAAUGUCAAGUUAUGGUGCAUUUGGCACUGGUUUGACAUUCAAUAUGAAACAAUAUAAACUGAUUUGAAGCAGGUUUUUUCUGUCGUUGACAUUUACUUCAACACAUAUAUAGCCGUUUCUCCAAACUUUAAAAUAUUUCUCACUUGGAGAAACCUCAAAUACACUUAAGACUGUCAGGAAAACUAUCCUUAACAUACACUCACAUGUCCACUUUAUUUUGGUACACCAGUAUAAUCCAAUGCAAACCAGUACACUUGCCAUUAAGUCUUUUUUUAUGUAAUUUUGUUACUUUUAUGAACUGAUUUCCAUAGUUAUUGGUAAUGAAGUCCUGGUUUACAGACUAUUCAGAGGUGUUUGUAAUAUUGUGCCCUUCUCAUGGAUGUAAAUGGGGAGGAUAAAGUUUUUAAAUUAUGUCCAGUAAAUCAACUGUGUGACAAAGAAUUACUGCAAAUGCAACUGCAAAUAAAGUUUAGAGAAUUUU